AUGUUUAUUAAUAAUAAAACGCCUAAUACUAUUACUUAAUCGUAACCAGAUUUACAAGAAUAUUAGGAUUUCUUUAAUCAUGAGGAUCCCCGUAGGAAUCGGAGUGUUACACUCUAUGAUAGACAUAAAAAGGACAACUCAAAUCAUGAUCAAAAACUCUAAUUAUCAUCAAAUUUAUAGAAUUUAUCAUUAACCAAAACUACCUACAAUAAUUUAAAGACUAUUUAUCAAUUUACAAAAAAAACUCUAACAUAAAUUAAUUAAAAAUAAGAGAUAACUCUUAGUUAAAAUUUUGUCACUUCAAUCAAAGAAUCAAAUUUAUUUAUGUAUAAUGUAGCCCAAAAAAUUUCAACAUUUAUCAAAACUGAUAAAAUAGCUGUAGUACCACCUCACAAGAUAAUUGGGAAUUGGAUGUAAUAAUUGAAAUCCAAAUGCCUUAAAAAAAAAUCCCCUUAAAAUUCACAGUAUCCCAAUAACAAUACUGGGUAAAGGGAUGAAGAUGAUGAUCUUAUUAUAAUAUGAAUUUUGUUAUAUUCAAAUCAUUAGG